AAAAAAUACAUCACAAUGGUUAAAGUUAACACCGCUGUCUCCAGCAAGAGAAGCAAGGCCAGAAAGCAACACUUCACUGCCCCAUCUUCUGUUAGAAGAGUCAUCAUGAGUGCUCCUCUCACCAAGAAGUUGAGAGAUGAACAUAACGUUCGUGCCGUCCCAAUCAGAAAGGGUGAUGAAGUCAAGAUCUUGAAGGGUAAAUUCAGAGGUGUUGUCGGUAAGGUCAAGAAGGUCGUCAGAUUGAAGUGGUCUGUCUACGUUGAAGGUGUCCAAGGUGAUAAGCUCGGUGGAAAGACUUUCGAUGUCCCAGUCAAGCCAUCUACUGUACAAAUCACUAAGCUCCAUCUCGAUAAGGAUAGAAAGAACUUGUUGAAGAGAAAGGCUGAAGCUAGAUCCACAACCACCCAAGCCAACAAGGGUAAAUUCACUGAAGAAACCGUUAAACAAUAAAUCUUUCCGAAAACAAAAAUAUUU